AUGUCGGGCAAGAAAGAUGGCGAAAGUGAAUUUUCAUGUAAGAUACACAGCAACAAAUUCUUCAUCCUGUGCGCAGCCGGAGGUGCAGUCGCGUGUGGUACCACACACACCUUCGUGACCCCCCUCGACUUGGUCAAGUGUCGGCUGCAGGUAGACCCCGUCAAGUACAAGUCCAUCUUUAGAGGGUUCGUCGUCUCCUACCAGGAGGGCGGAAUCCGGAACCUCGUGAAAGGCUGGGCGCCCACUUUCUUCGGGUAUACUAUGCAAGGGGCUGCCAAGUUCAGUGGGUACGAGUACUUCAAGUACAGGUAUUCCAAAAUGGUCGACAUUGAAAGCGCUUACUUAUAUAGAACGUAUCUGUACUUGGCAGCUGCAGCUUCUGCCGAGUUUGUUGCCGAUCUUUUCCUGGCGCCACUUGAAGCCACGAAGGUGCGGAUGCAGACAACACCUGGGUACACGUCACAGAUGAGGAAGGCCAUGCCACACAUGCUUAGCACGGAAGGAAUGGGAACAUUCUAUAAAGGACUCCCACCGCUGUGGGGGCGACAGGUGCCCUACACUAUGAUGAAGUUUGCUUCAUUUGAGAAAACUUUGGAGUAUUUGUAUAAUCAUGUUGUGCCAAAGCCCAGGGCGCAAUGUACGCCGGUGGAACAAUUGUUAGUCACUUUCACUGCUGGGUACAUCGCAGGAGUUCUGUGCGCAAUAGUAUCACAUCCCUCCGAUACGAUCGUCUCGAAAUUGAAUAAGGAGCCUGGCUCCACCAUCGGCGGUAUCAUCAAAGACGUGGGUUUCGUCGGUAUAUGGCGCGGUCUUGUCGCGCGUAUCAUUAUGAUCGGCACCCUCACGGGCCUGCAGUGGUUCGUGUACGAUGCCUUCAAGGUGUACACUAAAAUGCCUCGUCCGCCACCUGCUGAAAUGCCAGAGUCACUCAAAAAGAGAUUAGAGGAAGAAGAAAAGAAGAAAAAGAAAUGA